CUCUGAAGAUGGCGGAAGCUCAUCAAGCAGUAGCUUUUCAAUUUACAGUAACUCCAGAUGGGAUUGACCUGCGAAUGAGCCAUGAGGCACUCAAACAAAUUUAUCUAUCUGGUGUCCAUUCAUGGAAGAAAAAGUUCAUCAGAUUCAAGAAUGGAAUUAUCACUGGCGUUUAUCCUGCUAGCCCAUCUAGCUGGCUUAUUGUAGUUGUGGGUGUGAUGUCAACAAUGUAUGCCAAAAUUGAUCCUUCUUUAGGAAUAAUAGCUAAAAUCAACCGAACACUUGAUACAACUGGAUAUAUGUCAAACCAAACACAGAACAUCGUGAGUGGAAUACUUUUUGGCACAGGGCUUUGGGUUGCCCUUAUUGUCACAAUGCGCUACUCUCUAAAAAUGCUGCUUUCCUAUCACGGUUGGAUGUUCGCUGAACACGGCAAACUUUCUGCAGGCACCAAGUUUUGGAUGACACUCGUAAAACUCUUCUCAGGACGUAAACCUAUGUUAUACAGUUUCCAGACAUCUUUACCACGAUUGCCAGUUCCAGCUGUUAAAGACACGGUCAAUAGGUAUCUGGAAUCAGUUCGGCCACUUAUGGAUGACGAAGAGUUCAGAAGAAUGGAGGGUCUUGCCAAAGAUUUUGCAUUUAAUUUAGGACCAAGGCUUCAGUGGUAUUUGAAGUUAAAAUCCUGGUGGGCCACAAACUAUGUUAGUGAUUGGUGGGAAGAAUAUAUCUACCUUAGAGGACGUGGACCGAUUAUGGUUAAUAGUAACUAUUUUGCAAUGGACUUCCUUUAUUUAUCUCCCACAAGCCUGCAGGCAGCUAGAGCCGGUAAUGUUAUCCAUGCCAUCCUGCUCUAUCGGAAAAAACUGGACAGACAAGAAAUAAAGCCGAUUCUUCUGAUGGGAUCUACUGUUCCACUCUGCUCAGCUCAGUGGGAACGGAUGUUUAAUACCUCCCGUAUCCCAGGAGAGGAAUCAGAUACCCUCCAGCAUGUGAAAGACAGCAAACACAUUGUUGUGUAUCAUAAGGGCCGUUACUUUAAAGUGUGGCUGUACCAUGAUGGUAGACUGUUGAAACCCCGAGAAAUUGAACAGCAGAUGCAGAGAAUUCUUGAUGAUGAUUCAGAGCCUCAGGCUGGUGAAGAGAAGCUAGCAGCUCUUACUGCUGGAGAUAGAGUACCAUGGGCUAAAGCUCGACAGGCUUUUUUUAGCCAUGGAAAGAACAAACAGUCCCUAGAUGCUGUUGAAAAAGCAGCAUUUUUUGUGACAUUGGAUGACAUUGAGCAAGGGUACAGGAAAGAAGAUCCAGUGAGGUCACUGGAUGCAUACGCAAAAUCCUUAAUACAUGGCAGAUGUUAUGACAGGUGGUUUGAUAAAACAUUCACUCUUAUAGUAUUCAAAAAUGGUAGAGUGGGUCUGAAUGCAGAGCACUCGUGGGCAGAUGCUCCUAUUGUUGGACACCUGUGGGAGAAUGCAAUGGCAACUGAGUAUCUUGAACUGGGCUAUUCAGAAGAUGGGCAUUGCAAAGGAGAUACCAAUCACACUAUUCCUAUUCCUACCAAACUACAGUGGGAAAUUCCAGAAGAAUGUCAAGAAGUGAUUGAGAGGUCUCUGAGCACUGCCGUAGCUCUGGCAGAUGAUGUGGACUUCCAUUCAUUUUUCUUUGAUGCUUUUGGGAAGGGACUAAUAAAGAAAGCAAAAACCAGCCCUGAUGCCUUCGUGCAACUUGCCCUGCAGCUUGCUCACUAUCGGGACAUGGGAAAAUUUUCUUUAACGUAUGAAGCCUCUAUGACACGCUUGUUCAGAGAAGGCAGGACUGAAACUGUUCGUUCGUGUACUGUUGAAUCAUGUAAUUUUGUUCGAAUCAUGGAAGACCCAACUGAAAGUAAUGAAAAUAAGCUUAAGUUCUUUCGGCUUGCUGCUACCAAACAUCAGCACUUAUAUCGUCUCGCCAUGACUGGUGCUGGCAUUGAUCGCCAUCUGUUCUGCCUUUAUGUUGUGUCCAAGUACCUUGCUGUAGAUUCUCCUUUCCUUAAGGAAGUUUUGUCAGAGCCUUGGAGGCUGUCAACAAGUCAGACACCACAGCAACACAUUGAUCUAAAGAAGAACCCUGAGAUGUUAUCCUGUGGUGGCGGAUUUGGACCGGUCGCUGAUGAUGGUUAUGGUGUUUCUUAUAUUAUCUUGGAUGAAAAUUCCAUCCAUUUUCAUGUCUCCAGCAAAAUAUCUUGUUCUGAGACGGAUUCUCAUCGUUUUGGAAAAAACAUCCAAAAAGCAAUGGUUGACAUCAUGGGUUUAUUUAACCUUACUAAAAACUGUACCAAGUGAUUUGCCUUAUUGGCACUAAGCCAUCUCCUGUUGUUGGGAUGAGAACUCUUCUGAACAGUGAAUGAGGGCAAGGUUUGUCAAACAACCGGUGGCAAAGAAACUGAGUCAACAUCAUCUUGAUCAUCUAUGAAAAUCUUAGCAGUGUAUCAAAUAUUUCAUUAUUGUUUUUCAGUAGUUUGGAAGAGUUUGUUUCCACAAAGGAUGACUUUUGAAAUCUUGUAUGUU